AUGUGCAGACCUCCGAGGCAUCAUAGAGGGGUUCCGGAAGCUCUCAGCAAGGGGCUGCGGGCUUCCUCGGCUCUCUGGCCAGUGGGGGCACUUCCUGCCACGCCAGCACCAGCUCUGGGCUCGAGUCUAACACUUUCCCGAAAGGGGAGCACAGGAGCGGAACUGAUGGCAGCUCUUCUUCUGACAGCCAGGCCCCAGGAAUUGGUGACAUUUGAGGAUGUGGCCGUGUAUCUCACAAAAGAGGAAUGGGGGCUUCUGGACCCUGCUCAGAGGAGGCUCUACAGGGACGUGAUGCUGGAGAAUUAUGAGAAUGUCAUUUCACUGGGAUUUCCUGUUUCCAAACCUGACCUGAUCUCCCAGCUGGAGCGAGGGGAAGUACCAUGCUUGCCAGAUCUGCCCAGAACUGAGGUUCCAGAGAUCCAUGGUGCUAAGAGCUCUGUGACUGAGAAAGAGGCAUCUAUUCCACAGCAGGAAGUUGGUGAAGAAGUGAAAACCCAGGGAAUAUUAUCAGCAGGCUCCCCAAAGGGGAUUCACCAAGACUGUCUAGUUGGAGGCCGCUGUGAUGUUGAGGGCAGUUUAGAGUGGCAGCAGGGAAACCCUGUAGGAGAUAGGGCUCAGCCAUCUGAUUCAUGUGGCAGCCUCACAAAUAAUUCAGACUUUCCAAAACAGCACCAGAGACAGGAGCAAAGGGUCGAGAAGCCCCAUGAAUGCGAGGAAUGUGGGAAAGGCUUCAGACUUAACAUAGAACUUAUUCAGCACGAGCGAAUACAUAGUGGAGAGAAGCCCCAUGAAUGUGAGGAAUGUGGGAAAGGCUUCAAGGGACACUCAGAGCUUAUUGAACAUGAGAGAAUUCACAGUGGAGCAAAACCCUAUAAAUGUAAGGAGUGUGGGAAAGCCUUCAGGAGGAGCUCAGGACUUAGUAGACAUAGGCGAAUUCAUAGCAUAGUAAAGCCCUAUCGAUGUAAUGAAUGUGGGAAGUCCUUUAAGAGGAGUACAGGCCUUAGCCAACAUCAGAAAGUUCAUAGUGGAGAGAAGCCCUAUGAAUGUAAUGAAUGUGGGAGAGCCUUCAAGGUUAGCACACACCUUAUUCGGCAUCAAAGAAUUCACAGCGGUGAGAAGCCUUUUGAAUGUAAUGACUGUAGAAAGGGCUUCAGGGAACAUUCAGACCUUAUUAAGCAUCAGAGAAUUCAUACUGGAGAAAAACCCUAUAAGUGUAGUGAAUGUGGUAAAGCUUUUCGGGGGCAAUCCGGCCUUCUUGAACAUCAGAGAAUUCAUAGUGGAGCAAAACCAUUUGAAUGUAUUCAAUGUGGAAAGGCAUUCAGAAGGAGUUCAGAGCUUACCAAACAUCGGCGAAUUCAUACAGGAGAAAAACCCUAUGAAUGUAAAGAAUGUGGGAAGCCUUUCAGGCAGAGUUCAAGCCUUUUAGAGCAUCAGAGAAUUCAUACUGGAGAGAAACCUUAUGAAUGUAUUGAAUGUGGGAAAACCUUCAGGGGACCUUCAGACCUUAUUAAACAUAGGAGAAUUCAUAGUGGAGCAAAACCUUAUGAAUGUAAUGAAUGUGGGAAAACCUUCAGGAGGAGUUCAGGUCUUAAUCGACAUCGGAGAAUUCAUAGUGGAGCAUCACUCCAUGGAUGUGAUGAGUGUGGGAAAGCCUUUAGGAAGAGUUCAGCCCUGUACAGACAUCAAAAAACUCACAGUAGUUAGAAAUCCAGUGAAAGUAAUGAGUUUGGGAAGACCUUCAGAAAACACUUGGAUUUUGUUAAACAUUAGUUAAUAGUAAAGCAAACCCCUGUUGAUGUAAUGAACGUAGGAAAGCUUUUUGGAAAAGAUCAGGGCUUAGUCAAUAUUGGGGAAUUCAUGUGUAAGAAAAACCUAAUGAAUUU